AACAUUUUUGCCAACAUGGCGUUUGACAGCCAAAAAUAUUUAUUGUAUUUUUGAUUUUUUUUUCAGAUAUAUGAUAAUAUUUUAAAAUGUUUUUGUAUUUACUAAGCUGGUUUGCAACCUGUAUUCAAAUACUCUUUGUCACAGUAGCGCUGGCAUCAGCCCUGUACUAUUUGGCAGAGUUAGUAGAAGAGUACACUGUCAUCGCAGGCAGAAUGAUCAAGAUUAUGAUUGGUGUUGUUACAGUUGCUUAUGUUGGUCUGUUAUUGUUUGAGAGUUUCCCUUGGUACAUUGUAGCACUUGGUUUGGCUACAAAUGUAGUCUACUUUUUAUUGCUCAAUGAUUUUCCAUACAUCUCGUUCACGUCUCCUGUUUUUCUUCUCAGUGUAGUAUUAGUUUUUGUCAACCACUAUUUGGCAUUUCAGUUUUUCUCACAAGUGUACUAUGCAUUCUCUGAGAUACUUGGAUAUUUCACUGUCUGCCUUUGGAUUCUACCUUUUGCAUUCUUCGUGUCCUUAUCAGCAAAUGAUAAUGUCCUACCAACAGCCUCCAUGCAACAAGGCCCAAACACAGAUUACACAUAUGUUGGUCAAUCAUCAUCGAAACGACAAGGAAUACUCGCGAUAUUUGAUUUCAUAUACUCUCAAUUGCAGAACAUUUUUCCUACGCGAUCUGUUAAGAGCUUUUAAUAUGAAAAAAGAGAACUAUAGAUGAUAUUCACUUGUAAAAUCAUUAAAAUGCCCGUGUUUUAUUAUACUUAUAAAGUGUUUAACCAACGCUGCUACCGCAUGGAUUCCUCUCAAAUCUUAAUAGCGCGUUUACUAUUGGAGGUAGAGUGGAAAAAAUAAAGACGAAAGACACCAGAGCUUUACGCGGUAAAGAAACAGUGUGAUGAUCAUAAGUACGAUAGUUUUCAGAGCUGUGACAGCUGUCUGUACAAAUAGAAAUUUCUUUCGGUUUACUCUGUAAAUCUCGUAUUUUUUUCAUUAAAGAGUUUUAACAACA